UCUCAUUUUUCAUUUUAUUUUUGCCUGUCUGAACUUAAUUUGUCCACAUUUUCGCUGUUUUUCGUUCUCGCAUUACUUUAAAAAGGAAAAACAAAAGUUUUAAAGACGAUAACCAAGCUCAAACGGACAGGCAGAAAGCGUUCUUCUCGUUUCUGGAGCUUUUGUAUCUGGGCAAAAAGUUAUCAGGAGGUACUUGUCACUUGUGCGAAUGAGGCACAUCUGCGGUACAUUUGCACCAGCCUGCAAGCAGAAAUGGGUUUCUGAGCUUUGCCUGUUACUCUGGGAUUUCUGAGGCUACUCGGUCUCAUCCAUGAAUUCGUGUUUAAAUGUUUGAUCCUGCGCAUUCAAGAUGAACAACAUGAAAGAAGUGGCCGAACAGUAUAAAGGGCAAUAUCCUGCCUUUCCGACGUAUCUGGAAUGUCAGAGUCGAGCAUUCAUGGUCGGAUUGUCUAGUUUUACGCUAGGUUUCGCCGCGGUGUACUUCCUACAGGAGCUCAACCGGAAGCGCCUUCCGGCCUUCUACCAGCGCAAGCACUUUCUCCUGCCCGCCGCUCUGGUGGCAUCCAUCGUCAGUUGGAAUGUGACGCGCCGGCGGACCCUUAAUUGUCAGCGGAUGUGGAUGGCCGCUGAGGGACGUCACACGGCGCUGUCGCAUUAUGACGACGCGGUGCCGGUCAAACCGGUCGUCCAGCCGGGCGAGGCGACCGCCCCGUUGCAACGGGCAGUGUGAUAGUGAUAGUAAAAUUAGGUGUUCAUUUAAUUCGGACUGAUUGAGUGUAUGCAAGUUUUGCUGUGGCGUUUAUCUGUGAUGAGGCUUCGCGUGUGCAUUUGCAGCUUGUGUUCGUUAUGAAGUUUAUUUGGGGCUUAAAAGUAUUCCCAGUAUCGCUGGUCGCGAUCACUGGGAUGUGCUUCUCAAUCAUUUAAAAGCAAAGAAACAAUGAACCAGCAAGGCAUAAAAAAAAUAAAACA